AUGGGGGGUUGUCACAAGAACACAAAAAAACAAAAACUGCUUAUCCCAAACCCACCAAUCCCCCUCCACUCUCACGAGAAUUUUCUCCUCUACUCAGUCUUGGCCAUCCCCGGGCGAUCCCCCAGCCAACCCGCGCCAACAGCCCCUGAACGAAGCCGCAUCUCGCUCGCUGACCCUUCGUUAGUCCCUUUCUACCCGGCAGACUCGCGCUCAGCCAACCCGAUACGGCCCACCACCUCAUCCUGCGUUGUUGCGUAG